CCGGCUCUGCCCUCGCUCGGUAGCGGGAAGCCGAACACCAGCAAUGGCGGCUCGGACUAGGAGCCGCUGCGCGCCGCUCCUACGCUCGCCUGGGCAGCGACUGCUCUAGGAGGGGAAGAGCGGAGCUGGCAGGGGGGCUGGUUUCCGGCGGGUUAUUUAUUUCUUCCCUCUCGCUUAAGUUCCCGGCGGAGCGGGCUGGUCGGCACCUGCGCCCCCCACCUGCUUCUCCGAGGGUGAGAGGUGUGGGGAGGCCAUGGAGAGCCCGGCGGAGAACCCUAGCAAGGCGGCGGAGUACCUGAAGGAGCUGAACAAGAUUAUUGAGACGCAGCAGGAGCUGCUGGAGAAGCAGAAGCGGAGAAUAGACGAGCUAGAGCAGCAAGUGGCCAAGUUGUACCAUGAAAAUGCCUGUCUCCAGGAUGAGCAUCACCGGCACCUGGCCACAUGCAGGCUCCAGCAGGGCGUCCCCCCCGCGUACCCGGGGGUGCUGAGCGCCAUCCAGGAAAACGCAAAGCAUGAAAAGUCCGAAGGUGACAGUUCAAGAAGUGUCAGGUCUUUAAAUACUCUGCACCAGUUUUGCUGUCCAGCUCCAUUGUACCAUACCCAGCUAGCAGUCCCUGCCACACACUCAGAGUACAGGACCUCACUGGAAACAGGAAGCAGCAUCUCCACCGAUCCACUCAGUGUUGAGGGUGAAGCUCCAAGUAGUGAAACUGGCACAUCUUUGGACAGCCCAUCUGCUUACCACCAAGGACCUAUAACACACAGUUCAGCUAUAAGUCCGGACCAUUACGAUCAUUCAGCUUACGGGCUGUAUUCUGUCUCCCCUGGACAACAAAGAACUCGGAGGCCAAAGCUUCAGCACUCAACGUCAAUACUGCGAAAACAAGCAGAGGAAGAAGCUAUUAAAAGGUCAAGAUCACUUUCUGAGAGCUAUGAACUCUCUUCAGACCUACAGGAUAAGCAGGUGGAAAUGUUAGAACGGAAGUAUGGAGGCCGUCUCAUAACUCGACAUGCUGCUCGGACCAUCCAAACAGCUUUUCGCCAGUAUCAGAUGAACAAAAAUUUUGAGCGCCUUAGAAGUUCUAUGUCUGAAAAUCGUAUGUCAAGACGCAUUGUACUGUCCAAUAUGAGAAUGCAGUUUUCCUUUGAAGGACCUGAGAAAGUCCACAGCUCUUAUUUUGAAGGAAAACAAGUUUCUGUUACAAAUGAUGGGUCAAAGCUGGGAUCCCUAGUGCAAUCCGAAUGCAGUGACCUUGGAGAGUCAGCUACAAUGAAGUCUCCAGCAACAUCUACUGACUUUGCUGAUGCUAUAACAGAACUGGAGGAUGCUUUUUCCAGGCAGGUGAAAUCCCUCGCCGAGUCCAUUGAUGAUGCACUGAACUGCCGUAGCCUACAUUCUGAUGAAGUCCAGACUCCUGAUCAAGUCAGAAGUCGCGAAAUGGAAAGGGAUAGCUGUGCUCAAACUAAACCAGCAAUGCACAACGUGGAUCACAGGAAGCUUGAUGAGAUGACAGCUUCAUAUAGUGAUGUUACACUGUAUAUUGAUGAGGAGGAGUUAUCUCCACCCCUUCCGCUUUCCCAGUCAGUGGACAGACCGUCCAGCACAGAAUCUGAUUUGAGGCUCCGGUCAGUGAACUCUUCUCAAGAGUACUGGUCCAUGACCCACAAAGAUGAUAAGAUAGACACUGAUACGAGCUGCAGGAGCACCCCUUCACUGGAAUGUCCGGAACAGAGGAUAAGGAUGGAUCACCUACCACUGCUAACUAUAGAGCCACCCAGUGACAGCUCAGUGGACUUGAGCGACCGCUCAGAGAGAGGUUCAUUAAAGAGACAAAAUGCAUAUGAUCGAGGAAUCACUAGUCAACAAGGAAGCCCAAAACAUAUUCCUCACAAUAUUCCUGCCAAGAUUAUAUCCCGAGAGGAGCAGGAGGCAAGACAUAGGCCUAGGCCUAUAGAGAGUCAUUUAGCUAUUAAUGGCACAGCAAACAGACAAAGCAAAUCAGAGUCUGAUUAUUCAGAUGGAGACAAUGACAGCAUCAACAGCACUUCCAACUCUAAUGAUACAAUAAAUUGCAGCUCAGAGUCUUCUUCUAGAGACAGCCUAAGGGAGCAAACCUUAAGCAAACAAACAUACCACAAAGAAACUCGUAACAGCUGGGAUUCCCCUGCCUUCAGUAACGAUAUUAUCAGGAAACGGCAUUAUAGAAUUGGGCUAAACCUUUUUAACAAAAAACCUGAAAAAGGAGUCCAGUACCUAAUUGAGCGAGGCUUCGUGCCCGACACUCCUGUUGGUGUUGCUCACUUUCUCCUGCAAAGAAAAGGUCUCAGCCGACAAAUGAUUGGAGAGUUUUUGGGAAAUCGACAAAAGCAGUUCAACAGAGAUGUAUUAGAUUGUGUUGUGGAUGAGAUGGACUUCUCAACAAUGGAACUGGAUGAAGCACUCAGGAAAUUUCAGGCUCAUAUCCGUGUUCAAGGAGAAGCCCAGAAAGUAGAACGGCUCAUUGAAGCCUUUAGCCAACGUUACUGCAUCUGCAAUCCAGGAGUUGUGAGACAGUUCAGGAAUCCUGAUACCAUCUUCAUUCUAGCUUUUGCCAUUAUACUGCUGAACACAGAUAUGUACAGCCCAAAUGUGAAACCAGAACGCAAAAUGAAGCUAGAAGAUUUUGUCAAGAACCUAAGGGGUGUGGAUGAUGGUGAAGAUAUCCCACGAGAAAUGCUGAUUGGGAUUUAUGAGCGGAUCCGCAAGCGGGAACUGAAGACAAAUGAGGAUCAUGUAUCCCAAGUCCAGAAGGUUGAAAAACUCAUAGUAGGAAAGAAACCUAUUGGAUCUCUGCAUCAUGGACUUGGUUGUGUCCUCUCCCUACCCCACCGAAGGCUUGUUUGCUACUGUAGACUCUUUGAAGUUCCUGAUCCGAAUAAACCUCAGAAGCUUGGGUUGCACCAGCGAGAAAUAUUUUUAUUUAAUGACCUUCUUGUGGUGACCAAGAUAUUUCAAAAGAAGAAGAACUCUGUUACAUACAGCUUUCGACAGUCCUUUUCCCUCUAUGGCAUGCAAGUUCUUCUUUUUGAGAACCAGUAUUAUCCCAAUGGCAUACGGCUCACAUCAGCUGUUCCAGGAGCAGAUAUCAAAGUACUAAUAAAUUUCAAUGCACCAAAUCCUCAGGACAGGAAGAAGUUUACGGAUGAUUUGAGGGAGUCAGUUGCAGAAGUUCAAGAAAUGGAAAAGCACAGAAUAGAGUCUGAACUAGAAAAACAGAAGGGAGUGGUGCGUCCAAGCAUGUCUCAGUGCUCCAGUCUGAAAAAAGAUUCUGGCAAUGGGACGUUGAACAGAGCUUGCCUGGAUGACAGCUACGCUACAGGGGAAGGGCUGAAAAGAAGUGCACUGAGCAGCUCCCUUAGAGACCUGUCUGAAGCAGGCAAGCGUGGGCGACGCAGCAGUGCAGGAUCGCUAGACAGCAAUAUGGAAGGGUCCAUCAUUAGCAGUCCUCACAUGCGCCGAAGAGCUACAUCAACCCGAGAGUGUCCAUCUCGCCCUCACCAGACUAUGCCUAACUCCUCCUCACUCCUAGGUUCCUUAUUUGGUAGUAAAAGGGGAAAGCCACCUUCCCAAGGCCAUCCACCAUCUGGCUCAUCACAGCAACCUCCACACCCUCCAGUAAUCCCACAUCAGCAACACUCACAGCAUCCUUCUGCCAUGCAUCAUGCAGGGCCAGCUGAGGGACAGACCCAGGCACAAGUACACUCUCACCAUUCGCAGUACUGUCAUAUGCAGCAGAACCCACCACCCUAUCACCACCACCACCACUACCACCCUCCCCAGCACAUCCAGCACCCACACCAGUAUCACCAACACGUGCCCCAUUCCCAGCAUGCGGCACACUCCCAGCAUACUCCUUACAUGCAGCACCCCCACGCACAGCAUACCCACUCUCCUCAUCCACCACUGCCCCCCCCACACCCAGGGCACUCUUCUCAUCCCCAACACACUCAGCAUCACCAUGGACCGCCACCACCUCCGUCCACUUCAGCCAGCACUAAGCCCAAACACAGCGGCAUCAGCACAAUAGUCUAGAACGUAUCGACCCUCUUAAUAACUGUAGUUUUAAACACAAUUACAAAAGCACUUACAGGAAGCAACAAAUAAUAUUGUCAGUUUUUACCUAGACAAAUAAUUUAACUGAGUCGUGUGAGCUUAAAGGCUUGCUGAUACUAAAAAUAAGUCAAGUUAGUGCAAUCAAUACUGGUUUCACUUAUCUACUCCAUAGAUGCUUACCAUCUGGUUAGUUCUUAUUUCCAGACUGCCUUGAAAACAUGCUGCUUGCUGAAUAUAAGUAAAAUUACCUUUUACACCAAAUCCCUUGACAAUUUUACACUCAGAAUAAAACCAUAGUCUAUGAUAAAAGGAAAAAAGUGAUACAGAACCAAGUGUUGCAUUCUUGCUCUUUUAUUGUCAAUGGGCAAAAAAUAAGUAGACCUGAUAUGGUUGAUGAAAGUACGUAAGUAAACUUUAUAUAAUAUAAAUAUAUACAUAUAAAUAUAUAUAUAUACUGUAUAGUUAACAUUUGUGCUUGGAAAGAAAUUUUUUCAGUCCACAAAGCUAGCAAUAUAGACUUUACAAGGAAUUCCACUUACUUGAUAGGACAGUAUUAUAGAUGAAUAGCAUAUGAAAGAGUAGACCAAAAACACUAAAUGUUAGAAAUAAAUUUCAGACAUUUCAGUAUUUUCAUUAGAAGUCAGUCCUCUGGACUUGCUAAGAUUUCUAAGCAAUCAUUAUUAAAUGUGCCAAGUAACAUAGCAUUUAAUUGUUGUAGUCAAAUACUGCUUUGUAUAAAUCCUUAUUUUAUUAACAUGAUAUCAUACGUAAUCAGUAUUAUAACUGCUCUUCUAUUUCAGGUAAGCAAACUUGUUAAGAUGCAGUAAUUCUAUGGUAGCAAUGUAAGGGAUGACCUUUUACCAGUGGUCAUCUUCAAGCAUUGAUCACACAAAUUUAGACACUUUAAAGGCUGUGAUAACUGUGAAUUUACAUGAUCCACAUUUCUUUUGUAUGCAUAUGUUUUAAUGAACACACAUGAAGAGUUAUAACAGGUGCAUGUAUACACUGCAAAAACAUUCAUCUCAAACAUGAAAAUUGCAAACUUCCAUCCUUCUCAGCUACUUUGUUUCCUGUUUACCAUAAUUUCUUAUUUUUACCCCCCUGUUAAGCUGAAUUCUAGUCUGAGAGCAUUUCCAGGUGGAAGUGCUCUAAAACUUGAAGGUUUGUUUUAGAAUUUAGUGUAGGGUUUUUAUAUAUACUAAAGAAAAAAAAAUCUGUAAUUCCAUGUAGCCAUGCACUAGCAAUGAAGUGGCUUCACCAUUUUUACUCAUCACAUUUGUUAGUUUGAAAGUAACCAGCACUCAGCAGGCUGAGUUUAUGCUCAAACCCUCACUUUCAUAGUCCAGUUAGUUGCAAGACAUCACAUAAAAACAGGCUGUGCUGUUGUUGCUUAUGUGUUGUAAUCAAACCAUUUGCAAAUUGAUAUAAAAUUUUAUCCCUAAAUCCUGUACAGUUACACAUGGCACCUACUUUGUAGUUUCAGCAAUUUGAGCCACUGCAAGAACUUUACACCUAAACAGGAGGCACUAAAAAGUGUAAACAGGAGGCAAAGGAAUCAGAACAGCAAAACUGUACCAGCCUAAAAGCAAACCUUGAAGAGGAUGAGCAAAAAAUUCCAGUGUGACAUGGGUAAAAGUAAGAAUAAUAGUCAAUUUUAUAUUUAAUAAUAUUUUUUCAGGAAUAACGAAGAAAUCAGUUAAAGUGGAAAGAAGUUAAAAUGAGACUGAAGUGAGAAUAAGAGAGUAACCUUCAUUUUGGCUUGCUCAUGGCAUCUAUAAUAUUUGGGGUGUGUGUAAUUAUUUUUCCCUUUCAUACCAUUGAUAUCACAAUACCAGCAAAACUGCAAACUCAGCACUUUGUUAACCUCCACAGAGAGCAAAUACAGCAAUCUAGAGUUUAGCCUUUUGUUCAAAGCUGUCCACAUUUGUUUCCCACAUGUGCAAUAUUUUCCCAUUCUGCUCCUUCUCUUAAUGGUCUUCAUUAAAAGAAAACAAAUGGUUGCAUUAUAAUUUCUAAGUAUCACUCAUACUAGUCUAAAUUCUGCGGCUAACCUUAAGAGGGCUCCUACAGGUCCCCUGAGGCUCUGUUCCUUGCAGUUUAAAAAAAAUAUAUACUGUUCUUAUAGGGGAAAGUAGAACUGUCUGCAUGUCAUCUAAUGUUAUUAGUGUGAGGCUACACUCUACAUAUUGUAUAUUUGCAAAAUAUAUCAGUGUUAACUGUUGAUAUUAGUUGAAGUAAAGUGAUAACAUAUUUCAAUAUGUAGACUUUUCUUCAUACAUCUGUACCAAUAGUAGAGUCUAAUUGUAAUUUAUAGGUUGUUCCAGAAAAGAUAAAGAGUCAUUUGGUUACAAUUAUCUUUCACAAACUGCAUCUUUUGAUUGAAAUGGAGGUAAGAGUGCUCCUCUUCAUUGAGAAGCAGUGACUGUACUUGUUUCAGAUGCAGAGUUUUAAUGUAAGUAAAAUUCACCGUGUACUGUGUAAAUGCAGAAUGUUCAGUAACAGCUGAGAGGAAAAUCUGACUCAAGCUGUGUUACUUAGUUAACAGUGAAGACCUUAAAUCUCCAGAUCUGCAUUUGCUUUGUUUCAAAACCCCUUUCAUUCAUUUAAAUUAGUCAAAUAUAAAUAUUCUAUACUUACACUGUAAGCCACGUUUUAGUGCUUGAUCACUGAUUUUCCAUGUGCAAUCAGCUAAACGUUCAGGAGAAUCACAACUGUGCAUGCAAAAAACAUCUGCAGUGAUUUCAUCUGCACGUGGAGAAAGAGUUUGUGCCUACCUUGUAAGGUGCAUUAAGCUGCAUGUGUAAAAUCACAGACUAUUUUGAGACUAGUUUAAAAAAACCAAGAUGGUCGUAUAGGAGCACAGUAACUGUAAACGUUAUUUCAAAACAGUAGGGAGAAACAGUGGACUCGAUUAUUUUUUUUAAACUGUAUUUAGGGUUUUAGUAUAACCUCUCUGAUUCCAUUCUUGGUUAACAAUUGCUUAGAACAGUGUGAGUCAUGUCUAGAACAGGAAAAUGACAGUAUUUUAAACACUGUGCAGUUAAAAAAACUAAUUUUUUUUUCUUUUUUUAGCCUGCAGGCAGGUAUAAAAUUGAGGUUUUUUUCCUCAAGUGCCAUUGCCAAAUAAAAACUGGUACGGAACUGUGUAGAGUGACCAUGUUUCUCUUUUCCCAUAAAAAAAACUGCAGCAAAGUAGUAUUGCUGAUUUGAAAAAAUGAAAGGGAAGCCUAAAGAAUGAAGGUGUGGCGACAAAAAUCUUUUCUGGGACAACAAUUAAAUAUAUAUUUGGGGUUUUUAAUUUUCUUUUAAGUUAAAAAUGGAAAUGUGCAACAAUGUAAAAACAGAAAACAGAGUUCAUCCUAAUAUAAUGUACGUCUUGUAUCGCUAAAAAGAAAAAAGUCUAACAUACAGUGUAGAAUGAUUUUCCCAUCAUGUACUGCAUGCAGCAGAAGCCUCUUGUUUCUUGAUAAAAUGAGCUGAAAGACAGUCAGCAGAUAUUUAAAAAAAUGAAUCUCUAGAUGUUGACUUGCUGUUCCAUAUGAAGCUGUGUGUUUUCUGCAGUUAAGCAUGCAUUUUGCUGUUCCGUUGUAAAAUACCAUCGCACUUCUUGCCUGCAAAAUGGAUUAUUGUGUAUAUAUUUAAAAGAAAAGAGGAACCAAUAACAAGAUUAAAUUUGGAAAAUAGAAAAGGGGGUGGUGAAAACGGGACCAAGUAGGGGGAGUAGACAAUUCUCUAAAUUGUACAUAGUGUGUAAAUUAGUAUUACUCUAAGUCUGCAGUCACUUGGAGGUUGCCUACAAUACCUAUCUCCUGCUAGGAACUAAAAUCAGCUUUGAGUUGUAUUAAACUGUUAGAAUUAGGUGUUGAAUGCAGACUGUUAAAGACUUCAAAAAUCAUUACACUUACAAGAAGCUUCUGUUCUGGGGAGGCUUGAGACCCCUUUUGUAACUAUGGGGAAGAAAGGAGUGCUUUCAUUUUAAUAUGCAUUCUGUUUGUAAGUAGUAACAGACCCUAUUGAUGUAAAACUAUAACUGUGAUCAUGUGGAGAAAUCAAAUAAAUCAUUUAAAACUC